UUAGAUUUUUCAUUCUUCAUGUAAUGCUAGAUAGUGAAAUAUAGGUAUUUUCUUUAAGCCAAGGAUUUGCCUAUUUGCAAAUUCCAAUAAUAAUUGAAUAUCCUCAAAUUUUUGAUUCUUCAAAUUCCUUUGUUAUGGAACAAAAAGACUUUGCAUAUAGGAAUUUCAAUGUAGUGUUGAGUGUUGUGAAUGUAGAUGUCUAAUAUUGAUUGGGUUGGAUCCAUAUAAUUACAGAAACCAACUGGCAUCCUAUUAAUAUCAGGGUUGUUGGAUUCGCAUAAAAUUCGAUUGAAGUUUGAUUCAAUUGUUUAAGUAGAAGCAGCAUUCAACUCAACAGAAGGAAUAGAGUGCCAUGGAUACGACUAAUCUAUUUCAAUAUGCCUGGUAUUACGGCAAGAUUAAUAGACAAGAAGCAGAAGAAAAUCUGAUGGACCGAGGAGAGAAUGAAGGAUGUUUCCUUGUUCGGGAAAGUAAAUCAAGACAAGGCAAUUGGACAUUAUCAGUUUUGGAUUGGGUAGACGGUGGAUGCAGCGUAGGCCAUUAUCUCAUUUACAAAAAUCCGAAAGGUGGAUAUUAUUUUGACGAGGACACUGAAUUCGACUCUAUUCCUAAACUGAUUGAUUACUAUAAAGCACAUCCUAAAACCGUAACAUUCACAAUAAAAGAACCGUGUCCGAGGGAGGUUUUGCUUCCUGAUAAAGACGAGGAUGAAUAUGAUUUAUACGAAAUCGCAACUGAACUUCCUCUUCAUCAAACGUUUCACAAGGAAUCUUUAAUAUCAUCUUCAUCUGUGUGCGCGGUCUGGAAAGGUCACUUAGGAUUGCACGACACGGUAAAAAUCGUAGCAAAAAUUGCGGUUGGUGAUUCACAGGAAUCGAAACAUAUUUUAAUGCAUGAGGCAAACAUGCUAAAAUGCCUUUGUCAUGAAAACAUUGUCAAAAUGCGUGGAGUGAUUUCCAAGACGACACCAUUUCAUCUUUUACAAGAUUACGCAGGAGAUACAAAUCUGAUUGGACUUCUACUCAAAAACGGAAGGUCUGAAUUUACUCUGAUGGACCAAUUAAAUGUGAGCAUACAGAUAGCAUCAGCUUUGAGCUUUUGUGAAAAAAUGAAAUGUGUUCACCGAAACGUAAAAGCUAAAAGCGUUAUCGUAAAUACUACAGACCUGAAAUGCAGGCUUGGUUCGUUUAAACAUGCGAGAACAAUAGAUACUCAUGGAUUUUUCCACGAUUUCAACACAGAUCAUAGUUAUUCAAUUGUACACACGAGUAGACUUCGAUGGAUGUCGCUAGAAGCUGCGAAACAGGGAAGGUAUUCACAUGCAUCCGAUGCUUGGUCGUUUGGAAUUUUUCUCAUUGAACUUUUCACCGGUGGAGCUUUACCUUAUGCAGGUUACCUGACCUCUAGAAUACUAUCUGAAGUUGAAGAAGGAUUUCGCUGUUCAAAGCCCACGUCAUGUCCAAUGGAAAUUUAUGAAUUGAUGCAUCAAUGCUGGAUGUUUUCAGAAACGGCUAGACCGGAUUUCAGUACGAUUAAGAACAAAUUAGUGAAGUAUCGAGAUGACAACUAUGAAGCACUCGUUAAACUUAUUCCUACAAAGUCACGCGAUAAAGACAGGUAUGCGCCAUGCAAGCAAUUGAGUGUUAAACAACAACGGACCGCGAGAUCUCGUCCGGCACCACCUAAUCUGCCACCAGUUUCACAGUAUGGAUACGACAAUUGACAGCAGAGCUGAUAAAUCUAGCGCUAGGGUCGUUAUCAGAGCUGCGUUUGUAUUUUCGAACUUUUUAUACUCGAAUCAGGAGUCGAAAUUUUCAACUGGAGCAGAGUAAUGUUGGCACCAAAAUUUCAUAUCCAUAUAUUUUGGUACACACAGUACCAAUUUUUGAUAACGUGUAUAUAUAUACACUGUUCAUUUUUGUAAUUCUGAAUAGAUUAGUUUCAUAAUGAGAAUGUGAGCGUUUUUCACAAUGUUCCCAUUUUGACACAUUAUUAAAUUGUUUUUUUUUCUUAAUAUUGUUACUUUGUUUCCGCUUACUAUUAAUUUUAUUUGUGUGUGUUGCUUAUUUGUCGACUUAUUUAAUACUAUUAUCCAUGUAACAUCUACGAAGGUGCAUGCUGUGUGAAACAUUUCGUAGAAAUAGGAGUUAAAUAAGUUGCUUCAGGCGAUUCAAGGUUGUUGCUACGCACAAAAACAAAUAUAUUUCCGCAACAUUUCGUCUUACUCUGAACAUAGUCGGACUUCCUCAAACAAACAUAAUCCAAUUAUGGAUUGUUGACAACUAUGGUAGUUGGUCCAACGUAAAUCC